UGUGUGGUUUGUGUGGUGUGUACAUGCUACAUGGUGUAGUGAGUUUCUCUGUGAUAGACACGACAUUGGUGCCUUUCUAUGUGAUAGAUACGACAUUGGUGAUUUUUUUUUGGUGAUAUAUAGAUACGACAUUGCCCAAGAGGUUGGCUGGUGAUUUGAAGAGUUGCGUCAGACCGUGGAGCAUCAAGACAUGAGUCCCCUGUACACCGUUCUUCUCUGCUGCAGCCUGGCUGCUCCUCUCACACAGGGUAAAAAGAUCACAGUUUCAUCCAUUCUGGUGACGCCGUUCCUGAUGCAGGACGGAGGGACACCGGCAAACGGCAGCCAAGUGCCGGUCUACAAGGGCUACAUCUGGGACCUGCUGGAGCACAUCUUCAAACAGAUGAACCGGGAGUUCAGCCUCAAGGUCUACUCCAACAUCAGCUACGGUCACGUGACUUCAAACGGCACGUGGGAGGGUCUCAUUGGUGAUGUGGUUAACAAGAUAUCGGACCUGGCAGUUGGGCCACUGACAGAGACGUCACGACGUCGCGAGGUGGUCGAGUUCUCCACGCCGUUCAUGAACUUUGGCCCCGUGAUCAUCCUACAGAAACCUGAGACCAAAAUCAUGUCGCUAGAGGAGCGGCUACAGAGGCUCUUUCUUCCUCUCUCUCAGAGCGUGUGGAUGAUGUCUGGCAUCGCCUGGCUGGUGACUAGCAUCGUCCUGUACAUCAUCUGUCACGCCGACCCGUAUGACUGGAGGCACCUGAUGAAAGACAAGCUGGCCACUCUGCGGGAAGGAGAGUCUUUCACAUGUUCGAAUGCAUUUUGGUUCACCACUAGCACACUCUUCUGGCAAGGCUAUGUGCGGUCACCCCGUUCCCUGGCAGGCCGGGUUGUCGUGACCUUCUGGUGGUUCUACGUCAUCAUCUUCGUGGUGCUGUACAUCUCCAGCAUGACCAACUACCUGCGUGAGUCCUCCAUGCCCGGGGUCAAGGAGAACCAUCUAGACAUUCAGGACCUAGAAAAUCUGGCGAAACACGCGGACAUUGAUGUGGGGGUCAUCAAGGGUGGAACCACGGAGCAAUACCUGAAGGAUUCCAAGAUCCCCAACAUCCACCAGGUGUGGUCCAAGAUCCAGCGAGAAAGCACCUACGUGAGAUCGCUAGAGGACGGCAUACAGCGUGUGCGGAAGGCCAAGAAGCGAAACUUUGCGCUGGUCGCCGAGUCAGCAAUGGCCACCUACUUCACCAAACAAAGUCCCUGCGAUAUAUACAUGGUGGCUGACUUCACAACCAUGGGUUCCUACUCCAUUGUUCUACCUUUUGGUUCUGGACUCCGUAAGGACAUGAACCGAGCCCUCCUGGAGCUACGGGAGACAGGUGUGCUGAAACAGCUGGAGGACAGGUGGUUCGCAGGUGAAUGUACGGACUACGUCAUGGAGGUCAACCGUAACGACAAGAUUCACAUUGCUCCGUUCCACACGGUUGACCUCGGCACGUUCUCUGGGGCUCUGAUCAUCCUGGGUGUUGGUCUGGCGCUGGGCAGUCUGGUGCUCGUCCUAGAGAUUCUCAUCUUCAAGUUCGCCGAGAAGGCAGAGGAACAUGACUUACCACUAAAAGCUAACAUUAGUGAAGGAGGGAUUUUAUCUACAGAGCCAGAGCCUAUCACUGAUGUAUGAUGACAGACAUCCGUAAAAAUGUAAUGACAGAUACUGUUUAGUGAAAAUAAUACUUACCAACGUGAUCGUAAAUGUAACACGUUUUGACUGAGAGAUACAAGUGUGGUGUAAGAAAUGCAUAGAUGUAAAACAUUUGUUGGCAACUAAUGCAAUAUGAGAAAAAACACCAGAGGACAGACUGAUAUAAUAUGACAAACACCACCAGAUGAAAGACUGAUAUAAGAUGACAAACACCACCAGAUGACAGACUGAUAUAAGAUGACAAACACCAACAGAUGAAAGACUGAUAUAAUAUGACAAACACCACCAGAUGACAGACUGAUAUAAGAUGACAAACACCAACAGAUGAAAGACUGAUAUAAUAUGACAAACACAACCAGAUGACAGACUGAUAUAAGAUGACAAACACCACCAGAUGACAGACUGAUAUAAGAUGACUAACACAACCAGAUGACAGACUGAUAUAAGAUGACAAACACCACCAGAUGAGUGAUAUAAGAUGACAAACACAACCAGAUGACAGGCUGAUAUAAGAUGACAAACACCACCAGAUGACAGACUGAUAUAAGAUGACAAACACAACCAGAUGACUGAUAUAAGGUGACAAACACCACCAGAUGAUAGACUGAUAUAAGAUGACAAACACAACCAGAUGACAGACUGAUAUAAGAUGACAAACACAACCAGAUGAAAGACUGAUAUAAGAUGACAAACACAACCAGAUGACAGACUGAUAUAAGAUGACAAACACAACCAGAUGAAAGACUGAUAUAAGAUGACAAACACAACCAGAUGAAAGACUGAUAUAAGAUGACAAACACCACCAGAUGACAGACUGAUAUAAGAUGACAAACACCACCAGAUGACAGACUGAUAUAAGAUGACAAACACAAACAGAUGACAGACUGAUAUAAGAUGCAAGAUAAGCUCAAUAUUUAUUGCCUUGCUGAGACAUAGUCUGUUUCUGUACUUGACCUUAUGUUUCUGUAUCUGACCUUAUGUUUCUCUACUUGAACUCAUGCCUGUCUACUUGACCUUAUGUUUUUCUACUUGACCUUAUGUUUCUCUACUUGACCUCAUGUUUUUCUACUUGACCUUAUGUUUCUCUACUUGACCUUAUGUUUCUUUACUUGACCUUAUGUUUCUGUAUGUGACCUUAUGUUUCUCUACUUGACCUUAUGUUUCUCUACUUGACCUUAUGUUUCUCUACUGACCUUAUAGUUCUUUACUAGACAUCAAGUUUCUCUACUUGACCUUAUGUUUCUCUACUUGACCUUAUGUUUCUCUACUUGACCUUAUGUUUCUCUACUUGACCUUAUGUUUCUCUACUUAACCUUAUGUUUCUCUACUUGACCUUAUGUUUCUCUACUUGACCUUAUGUUUCUCUACUUAACCUUAUGUUUCUCUACUUGAUCUUAUGUUUCUCUACUUGACCUUAUGUUUCUCUACUUGACCUUAUGUUUCUCUACUUGACCUUAUGUUUCUUUACUUGACCUCAUGCCUUUCUACUUGACCUUAUGUUUCUCUACUUGACCUUAUGUUUCUCUACUUGACCUUAUGUUUCUCUACUUGACCUUAUGUUUCUCUACUGACCUUAUGUUUCUCUACUUAACCUUAUGUUUCUCUACUUGACCUUAUAUUUCUCUACUUGACCUUAUGUUUCUUUACUUGACCUCAUGCCUUUCUACUUGACCUUAUGUUUCUCUACUUGACCUUAUGUUUCUCUACUGACCUUAUGUUUCUCUACUUGACCUUAUGUUUCUCUACUUGACCUUAUAGUUUUCUACUAGACAUCAAGUUUCUCUACUUGACCUUAUGUUUCUCUACUUGACCUUAUUUUCUCUACUUGACCUUAUGUUUCUCUACUGACCUUAUAGUUCUCUACUAGACAUCAAGUUUCUCUACUUGGCCUUAUGUUUCUCUACUUGACCUUAUGUUUCUCUACUUGACCUUAUGUUUCUCUACUUGACCUUAUGUUUCUUUACUUGACCUCAUGCCUUUCUACUUGACCUUAUGUUUCUCUACUUGACCUUAUGUUUCUCUACUGACCUUAUAGUUCUCUACUUGACCUUAUGUUUCUCUACUUGACCUUAUGUUUCUCUACUUGACCUUAUGUUUCUUUACUUGACCUUAUGUUUCUCUACUUGACCUUAUGUUUCUUUACUCGACCUCAUGCCUUUCUACUUGACCUUAUGUUUCUCUACUUGAUCUCAUGUUUCUCUACUUGACCUUAUGUUUCUCUACUAGACCUUAUGUUUCUUUACUCGACCUCAUGCCUUUCUACUUGACCUUAUGUUUCUCUACUAGACAUCAAGUUUUUCUACUUGACCUUAUGUUUCUCUACUUGACCUCAUGUUUCUCUACUUGGCCUUAUGUUUCUCUACUUGACCUUAUGUUUCUCUACUUGACCUUAUGUUUCUCUACUUGACCUUAUGUUUCUCUGCUUGACCUUAUGUUUCUCUACUUGACCUUAUGUUUCUCUACUUGACCUUAUAUUUCUCUACUUGACCUUAUGUUUCUUUACUUAACCUUAUGUUUCUGUACUUGACCUCAUGUUUCUGUAUGUGACCUUAUGUUUAUCUACUGACCUUAUAGUUCUCUACUAGACAUCAAGUUUCUCUACUUGACCUUAUGUUCCUCUACUUGACCUCGCGUUUCUCUACUGACUUGAUGUUGUGACAUUUUGUGAACUGCCAAAAUUAUUUUUUUCACAAAAAUAUGCCUAUAUAUCCCAAGGUGUGGAUUUAGUAUGCGAUCUGAAUGUGACCGAUUUUCACAUUGUCAUUGUGUCAUCUAAACGUGAAACAUUGUCGUUGUGUCAUCUGAACGUGAAACAUUGUCAUUGUGUCUUUUGAACGUGACACAUUGUCAUAUCUGAACGUGACACAUUGUCAUUGUGUCAUCUGAACGUGACAAAUUGUCAUUGUGUCUUUUGAACGUGACACAUUGUCAUAUCUAAACGUGACACAUUGUCAUUGUGUCAUCUGAACGUGACACAUUGUCAUUGUGUCUUUUGAACGUGACACAUUGUCAUUGUGUCUUUUGAACGUGACACAUUGUCAUAUCUGAACGUGACACAUUGUCAUUGUGUCAUCUGAACGUGACACAUUGUCAUUGUGUCAUCUGAACGUGACACAUUGUCAUUGUGUCAUCUGAACGUGAAACAUUGUCAUUGUGUCUUUUGAACGUGACACAUUGUCAUUGUGUCUUUUGAACGUGACACAUUGUCAUAUCUGAACGUGACACAUUGUCAUUGUGUCAUCUGAACGUGACACAUUGUCAUUGUGUCUUUUGAACGUGACACAUUGUCAUUGUGUCAUCUGAACGUGACACAUUGUCAUUGUGUCUUUUGAACGUGACACAUUGUCAUAUCUGAACGUGACACAUUGUCAUUGUGUCAUCUGAACGUGACACAUUGUCAUUGUGUCAUCUGAACGUGACACAUUGUCAUUGUGUCUUUUGAACGUGACACAUUGUCAUAUCUAAACGUGACACAUUGUCAUUGUGUCAUCUGAACGUGACACAUUGUCAUUGUGUCUUUUGAACGUGACACAUUGUCAUUGUGUCUUUUGAACGUGACACAUUGUCAUAUCUGAACGUGACACAUUGUCAUUGUGUCAUCUGAACGUGACACAUUGUCAUUGUGUCAUCUGAACGUGACACAUUGUCAUUGUGUCAUCUGAACGUGACACAUUGUCAUUGUGUCUUUUGAACGUGACACAUUGUCAUAUCUGAACGUGACACAUUGUCAUUGUGUCAUCUGAACGUGACACAUUGUCAUUGUGUCAUCUGAACGUGACACAUUGUCAUUGUGUCUUUUGAACGUGACACAUUGUCAUUGUGUCAUCUGAACGUGACACAUUGUCAUUGUGUCUUUUGAACGUGACACAUUGUCAUUGUGUCUUUUGAACGUGACACAUUGUCAUUGUGUCUUUUGAACGUGACACAUUGUCAUUGUGUCUUUUGAACGUGACACAUUGUCUGUGCAAUAUGGUUUUUGUGUGCUGACGUAGAUGACUACUGUAUUGUCUCCAUCUGUAGAAUGACAGUUGACUGUUUGACAUGUGACAACAAUGCCCUGUUCAGCAGCAGUCACCUCAUCUGUUGUCAACAUAAUCUUUUAUAGCUGUAUGAUUUGCAUAA